GGUUGUUAGAAAGUUAAUGGCUUGGGGGAAAGAGAUUCUCUUCUCGCUUCAGGAGAGUUUGAGGAUUUUUCUGAAGUAAAACGUAAUUAUUUUAUAACAUUAUAACCCCAAAAGAAAGUGAAGAGACAACAAAUCCUUCUCAAAUAUACGUAUUAUUUAGGAAAUUAUGCAGGAUGCAGUAGCCGGGACGGCAAUGCUGACGGACGGCUUCGAGGACGAGAUUGACUCGGUGACUCCGCGUUCCCCUGCGUUAGGGAUGGGGGUUGGAGCUACACCAGGAGCCGGACUCGGGGGCCUCGGGAUCGCCGUCGGUGGCAAGAAAGUCCGCUUGUUCGGCGAGGCUGGAGGGCCUACUUCAGACAGACUUGAUUUCAAACUCACAGCAGCCGCGGUGCUAUCGUCGGGUCCUGGAUCCGGCAGCGAUGAGGAUGAGGUGUCUGAGGUGGAGUCAUUCAUAUUAGACCAGGAAGAUCUGGAUAACCCAGUACUAAAGACUGCUUCAGAACUGCUCCUGUCCAGCGCCACAGAUGGAGCCGACCUCAGAACAGUAGACCCAGAAACACAGGCCCGGCUUGAGGCGUUACUAGAAGCAGCAGGCAUUGGUAAACUCUCCACUGCUGAUGGCAAAGCCUUUGCAGAUCCAGAGGUGUUGCGCCGCCUGACGUCGUCGGUAAGCUGUGCACUGGACGAGGCUGCUGCCGCCCUCACGCGAAUGAGGGCCGAAAAUACACUCAAUGCCAGCCAGGCCGACAAUCUGGUUAUUUUUAGCCGUAGCCUGGCUGAGGCCUGCUCAGACGGCGAUGUGAAUGCAGUACGGAAGCUGCUGGACGAGGGACGCAGCGUCAACGAACACACAGAAGAGGGUGAGAGCCUGCUGUGUCUGGCCUGCUCGGCUGGAUACUAUGAGCUCGCACAGGUCUUGCUGGCCAUGCAGGCUAAUGUGGAGGACAGAGGGAUCAAAGGAGACAUCACGCCACUUAUGGCAGCUGCAAGCGGUGGUUACGUCGACAUCGUCAAAUUGCUCCUAGUGCACGGAGCCGACGUUAAUGCACAGUCCUCGACAGGUAACACAGCCCUGACAUAUGCGUGUGCGGGAGGCUUCCUGGAUGUAGUAAAGGUGCUGCUGAAGGAGGGUGCCAACAUUGAGGAUCACAAUGAGAACGGUCACACUCCCCUAAUGGAGGCCGCCAGCGCAGGCCAUGUGGAGGUCGCUCAUGUGCUCCUGGAGUACGGCGCUGGAAUCAACACGCACUCCAAUGAGUUUAAAGAGAGCGCACUCACACUUGCCUGCUACAAAGGGCACUUGGACAUGGUCAGGUUUCUCUUAGAAGCAGGAGCCGACCAGGAGCACAAGACGGAUGAGAUGCACACUGCACUCAUGGAGGCCUGCAUGGAUGGGCAUGUGGGGGUGGCAAGGCUGCUGUUGGAUAGUGGGGCGCAGGUAAACAUGCCCGCUGACUCAUUUGAGUCGCCACUGACACUGGCUGCCUGUGGGGGCCACGUGGAGCUGGCAGCGCUGCUGAUCGAGAGAGGUGCCAACCUGGAGGAGGUGAACGAUGAAGGCUACACUCCACUGAUGGAGGCAGCUCGUGAGGGCCAUGAAGAGAUGGUGGCUCUGCUCCUGGCACAAGGUGCAAAUAUUAACGCUCAGACAGAGGAGACACAAGAGACGGCACUGACUCUGGCAUGCUGUGGAGGCUUCCUAGAGGUCGCUGAUUUCCUCAUCAAAGCUGGGGCAGACAUUGAGCUCGGGUGCUCCACCCCGCUCAUGGAGGCUGCACAGGAAGGGCAUCUGGAGCUGGUCAAAUACUUGUUGGCUGCAGAGGCUAAUGUCCACGCCACUACAGCCACAGGAGACACUGCUCUGACAUACGCCUGUGAGAACGGACACACAGAUGUGGCUGACGUGCUGCUGCAGACAGGGGCUGAUCUGGAACAUGAAUCAGAAGGGGGCAGGACUCCACUGAUGAAAGCGGCCAGAGCAGGACACCUGUGCACUGUGCAGUUUCUCAUCAGCAAAGGUGCUAAUGUGAAUAGAGCCACGGCCAACAAUGAUCACACAGUGGUUUCUCUGGCUUGUGCGGGAGGCCACCUGGCUGUGGUGGAGUUGCUGUUGGCCCAUGGAGCAGACCCCACCCACAGACUGAAGGAUGGCUCUACGAUGCUGAUUGAAGCUGCUAAAGGUGGUCACACAAAUGUGGUGUCUUACCUUCUUGACUACCCAAACAACAUUCUGUCAGUCCCUGCCCCAGACCUGUCCCAGCUUACACCUCCCUCUCAUGACACUUCUCAGGCCCCUCGAGUCCCAUUCAAAGCCCUGGCUAUGGUGGUGCCCCCCCAGGAGCCAGACAGAGUGCCCUCCACCAUCCCCACACCCCCACCCGUUACAAACAAAGGUGCAUCCAAACAGAGGCUGAGCUCCCUUCAGAGCAACUCAGUGGCCUCAGGUUGCCUAGAUGCUGACCUGCUGCCACCCUUCCACCCUUACCAGCCUUUGGAGUGCAUCGUCGAGGAGACAGAGGGCAAGUUGAAUGAGCUGGGUCAGCGCAUCAGUGCCAUCGAGAAGGCCCAGCUACAUUCGCUUGAGCUUAUCCAGGGCGAGCCGCUCACCAAAGACAAGAUUGAGGAGCUGAAGAAGAGUCGCGAGGAGCAAGUCCAGAAGAAGAAGAAGAUCCUGAAGGAGCUGCAGAAGGUGGAGCGGCAGCUACAGCUGAAGACACAGCAGCAGUUCACCAAAGAAUACAUGGAGACCAAGGGGCUCAAGGAGGAGCUGGGCCUGGCGGCAGGGGUGGAGAUGCCCGGCACCCCCCUGCCACUGCAAGCCACACAGCUGGGCACCGACUCCGAGAACGAGACUAACCUCAAAGAGGAGGACCACCGACCCACCCUGACCGAUGAGGAGGAGGAGGAGGAGGAGGAGGAGGAGGAGGAGGAGGAUGAUGAUGAAGAGGAGGAGGAGGAUGAAGAGGACAUUGACUGUGCCAAGCUGCCACAAGUGGACACCAUUCUCUACAGAAAGGCAACACAGCCACCACAGCCACCACCACCACCUCCACCUCCUCAGAAUCAGGUCCUCCAAAGUCACCUGCUGCAGACCAGCUUUGUACCCAUCCAGCCUUUGGCCACACAGCAGUCCACAGACUUCAGUAAUGCAGAGUACCCAGGAAGCAGUAGUCCAGACCUACAGAGAAUGUUGCUGGGCCAGCAGCUGACGGGGUUGGGGCCGGGGCUUCUCACACAGGCACCCGACGGACUCAUGGUAGCCACGCCUGCACAGACACUCACAGACACGCUUGAUGACAUCAUGGCGGCUGUGAACAGCAGAGUGCCUGUGGUAAACACUACAACCUCGCCUACUCCUCAACCCUCCGCACAGACGCCCAUCAACACAGUCUCCCCAUCCUCCAUGCUCCCUCUGUACCCCUCAGUCGACAUUGACGCACAUACUGAGAGCAAUCAUGACACAGCACUGACGCUGGCCUGUGCAGGUGGCCAUGAAGAGCUUGUCUCAGUGCUUAUUGCACGUGGGGCUAACAUCGAGCACCGGGACAAGAAGGGAUUCACUCCCCUAAUCCUAGCUGCCACUGCUGGCCAUGUUGGUGUUGUGGAGAUCCUGCUGGACAAAGGUGGAGACAUCGAAGCUCAGUCUGAGAGGACCAAAGACACCCCUCUGUCCCUCGCCUGCUCGGGCGGCAGGCAAGAGGUGGUGGAGUUGUUGUUGCUUCGUGGUGCUAAUAAGGAGCACCGUAACGUGUCUGACUACACCCCACUCAGCCUGGCGGCCUCAGGGGGCUAUGUCAACAUCAUCAAGAUCCUCCUGAACGCUGGUGCUGAGAUAAACUCCAGGACUGGCAGUAAGCUGGGCAUUUCUCCACUAAUGUUGGCGGCCAUGAACGGCCAUGUGCCUGCGGUGAAGUUGCUUUUGGACAUGGGUUCUGAUAUCAAUGCUCAAAUCGAGACAAAUCGCAACACGGCACUGACCCUGGCCUGCUUUCAGGGUCGGGCAGAGGUUGUCAGCCUGCUGUUGGACCGCAAGGCCAAUGUGGAACACCGUGCCAAGACGGGCCUCACUCCUCUCAUGGAAGCUGCAUCAGGUGGUUAUGCUGAAGUUGGCCGUGUCCUGUUGGAUAAAGGGGCAGAUGUCAAUGCGCCUCCAGUUCCCUCCUCUCGCGAUACCGCUCUCACAAUUGCUGCAGACAAGGGUCACUACAAGUUCUGUGAGCUUCUCAUCAGCAGAGGGGCUCACAUUGAUGUGCGAAAUAAGAAAGGGAACACCCCUUUGUGGCUGGCUGCUAACGGAGGCCACUUUGACGUGGUGCAGCUGUUAGUGCAGGCUGGAGCCGAUGUGGAUGCAGCUGACAACCGCAAGAUCACUCCCCUAAUGGCAGCAUUCCGCAAGGGUCAUGUGAAAGUGGUGCAGUACUUGGUGAAGGAAGUCAACCAGUUCCCGUCUGACAUUGAAUGCAUGAGAUAUAUUGCAACUAUUGCAGAUAAGGAACUGCUGAAGAAGUGUCAUCAGUGCAUGGAGACCAUUGUCAAAGCCAAAGAUCAGCAGGCGGCUGAAGCAAACAAGAAUGCUAGCAUUCUGCUGAAGGAGCUUGAUCUGGAGAAGUCUCGUGAAGAAAGUAAAAAACAAGCUCUAGCAGCAAAGCGAGAGAAACGAAAGGAGAAGCGCAAGAAAAAGAAGGAAGAGCAGAAAAGGAAACUGGAGGAAGAAGAGGCCAAAGUAAAAGAGGAGUUCUCUGAGAUGCAGGAUCAGAAUGAUGACUCUGCCGAAGAGGUGGAGGUUCCCAUUGAGCCCCCAAGUGCUACCACCACCACAACUAUUGGUAUCUCUGCCACCUCCAUGACCUUCACCAACACUUUUGGUAAAAAAAGAGCAAAUGUGGCCACCACGCCAAGCACCAAUCGCAAGAGCAAAAAGAACAAGACCAAGGAUUCUCCUAGCGAGCCAAUCAUCCUUCAAGACCCACAGGUGGCACUGGCGCAGCAAAAAGCAGACAAAAACAAGAUCCACGGAGAACCUCGCGGAGGUGGGGCACCGGGAGGCACCAGUGACUCUGAUAAUCUGGACAGCACUGACUGUAACAGUGAGAGCAGCACCGGCAGUAAAAGUCAGGAUCUUGCAGACCCACCCUCAUUGUCGUCCUUUUCAUUCACUGCCCCUUUGGGCUCCCACCAGCCCCAGAACGCAAGUGAGAAGAGACAGGGGCCCUCACUGCAAGGCUCUCGUGAUGAGAGGGUCACCGUGUCUAUCUCCAAACCACAGCAAAAAUUGUUUGAGAUCAACAGUGACUUGACCCCCAGUUCCCUACCCUCCUCGUUCAAGACCAUUUCACUGCCUGUCACCUCGCCCAACAGUAAGAUGAAUCUCACUAGCCCAAAGAGGGGCCAAAAGAGAGAAGAGGGGUGGAAAGAGGUGGUUCGGAGAUCCAAGAAACUCUCUGUCCCUGCUUCUGUGGUGUCUCGGAUCAUGGGUAGAGGUGGCUGCAACAUUACGGCUAUCCAAGAUGUUACGGGUGCACACAUUGACGUGGACAAGCAAAAGGACAAGAAUGGAGAGAGAAUGAUUACAAUCAGAGGUGGCACAGAGUCCACAAGGCACGCUGUGCAGCUGAUCAACGCACUGAUCCAAGACCCUGCCAAAGAGCUGGAGGACCUGAUCCCUCGUAACCACAUCCGGCCACCUGGCGCCAACACCAAAAUCAGCUCCACCUACACAACAUCCACUGGGGCCACCAGCACUACUGCAGCCAGUUCAAAAGGCCUGCCAUCUGUAUUGCCCACAUCCAGCAUGUCUUUUCAAUCCUCCACUAACUCAACAGCUCAGCAGGCUGGCAAAUUGGGAAAAAGUGUGUCGCAGGGUGUCAGGCCUCCCUUCGUUUCUUUGCCACCACUUGCUUAUGCUCAUCCUCAGCUGGCCCUUCUUGCAGCCCAUACUAUGCAUCAGAUCCGCCACCCUCGUUUGCCCAUGGCGCAGUUUGGCGGCACUUUCCCGUCCUCCCCCAAUACGUGGGGUCCAUUCCCUGUACGUCCUGUGAGCCCUGGUAGUGCUAACAGCUCCCCCAAACACAGCAAUAGUUCUCUCACACGCUCCGCCACCUCAGCUCCUGCCCAUGUUGAUCACCAUGCUGCUGCUUUGUCCAGCAUCUCUGCUCUCACUGCCUCUACCACCUCUCCCAUAAGUUCUGCACCUACAAACACCCCCACGCCUUCCUCUGUCAGAAAGCAGCUUUUCUCAGCAGAGCCCAAGUCAGGGGCUGGAGUUGCUGUGGCCAAUACUGGCAGCAGUGCUAUCCCAAUGCAAGUUGCUGCCUCUCCCUUCAGCUGCGCUUCCACCACACCCACAACCCCUCCGCCUGCAUCUGCGCCCAUUGCUCCACCCUCACAGCAUCUUCCACCCACCAAGCCAGAGCCAGCAAACCUCAGCACCCCCGUUAAAGAGAAGCCCAUCACAGAGCUUUCUGCACCCCUUGUAGGAGCUCAAUCUGAUGGCUCCAGCCCCUCUGCUCCCCUGCACUUCACUUCAUCUCUGUCGGGAUCCUCGAUGGUGCCUGUGCAGCCUGAGAGCCGACAGCAGCUUCCACCACAGUUUCCCUCCGGCACAGAACCCUGUUCCUCUUCCUCAUCUCAGCCAGGGUCAUCUCACCCUGUCACACGUCUGCCCCCUCCCACCUGCAGCAGCACAGUUACUAACACCAGCAGCACCGUACCUCAUUACGCCACCCCUGGUGUGUCCCCACGCAUGCAGCCACCGACACACUACUACCCCAUGUCUGCAAGUGCCCUGCAGGAGCAGCAGUCUGUGUUUGUGCCUCCAGGAGCUUCACAGGAGCUGCUAAAACAACCACUGCAGCAACAACAACAGCAGCCCAGCCUUGCUCCAACAGGGAUGCCCCCUCACUCCCUUCCAAUAUCCUCCACCAUGGGCAUGAUGAACGGCUCUCAAAUGCACCUGCACAGCGGAAAAGCGCAACUGCCCCCCAACUUCGGCCCAGCAGCUCUCUUCAAUCACUUCAGCAGCAUCUUCGACAACAACCAGGUGGGUAACAACCAGGUUUGGGGGGCCUGCCAUCUACCUGCUCGUACCCCUCCUGAGCAACCCUACAGUGCCCAACCUAACACUUACAUGGGUGCAAUGGGGCAAAUGGAAAAUGUAAUGCCAUGUCCUGAUGGCUCGAAAGCUCCAGGGUAUCGCUGCUCUUCACAGAGAAUGGUCUCCAGUCCCAUUGGCAUGCAUCCAAUGGACCCCACAGGCAACUCCAUGUCUUCAUCUGCUGCUCUCACCAGCUUUACCACAAGCAUGUCAGCCAGCCCUGUGUUCCUGCACGGUCCAGCUCCUGUGGGUGCUCCCUCCUUUAGCCGCCAGCACUUCUCUCCCCAUCCCUGGAGUGCCUCCAAUUCCUGUGAGUCUCCUGCGCCGUCUGUGUCCUCUGGGGCAUCCUCGCCUCAUUGCACAUCUACGGUGACUCCCGCUCUGAUCCAGGCGAAACCCAGUAGCUCAAACCAGCAGGACCGCAAAGUGCCCCCUCCAAUUGGAACUGAGCGUCUGGCCCGCAUCCGACAAACCGGCUCAGUCAGUCACACCAUGUUGCCCACCAGCUACACACCACCAGUUGGACAGGGUGGCAUCUGGUCUUUUGGAGUGGGCAGUGCCUCCGAGACAAUGUCAGGCUGGUCUCAGCCCCUGAUGGGAGGGCCAGUGAUGCACCAGCAGAUGCAGGAGCAGUCUGCCUUCUCCCAGCACCAGGCUAUGGAACGAGAUGACACUGGGAUUGUGGCUCCUUCUAACACCUACCACCAACCCCUGCCCACCAAUUUCAUGGAUUUUCCAAAGGGUCUCCCAAUGUCAAUGUAUGGUGGCACGAUGAUCCCUCCACACCCUCAGAUGGCGGAGGGUCCUGGAGGCCAUGUAUACAAUGGUAUUCACACAUCUGACCCUGCCUGGAAUCCUAUCCUAAAAGUUGUUCCCAACUCGGCUGAAAAUUCAGACCCACAGCAGGUAUGGCCAGGCACUUGGGCCCCACAUGUGGGAAAUGUGCAUCUGAAUCAUGUCAACUAAACACAGUGAUCGAGAGGCCUAGGGGCAGUAACAAGAAACACGUUAAUAAGAACAAGAUAAUUACCUAAUUACGGAGACGUGGUAUUAACCUAGAUGUGUCCCCCAAAAAUGUUAAACAAGUUAUGAAAUUUGAGAGAUGGACACCCUUGAUGUGCCUAACUAAAAAGAGAGAAUCUAGUGUCGGAUUUAAUGAGUUUACCACGGUCUAUGAACAAAUCGAUUGCCUGUUCAACAGGAUACAUUCUGAGUAGUAUAGCCAUUUUGACAUAUAAGCCCCAUGUAAAAGUGUUCUUGGUCGGCAGGGCUCAAUAGGACAGUGCGCUAUUUAUACUUGGCCAAGAACUAGAUUGCAUAAAGAGUGAAAUCAGACCUUUUAGAGUGGUAAAUACCUGUAUAAUUGUUUACAUACAGAAAAAGGGUUCAAAUGAGAGUAAAUUUCAUGUCGUAUAGUGGCUCUACUUUAUGUAGCCUGUAUUAAUGUGAAAUAUUUACCUUAAUAUUCAAUAAAAAGUUGGA